UUUACUACCGCUCUGCUUGGCGCUUAGGAGACCUGGAGUGCACUGUGUUUAUAUUCCAAUCCGGAGAAAGAACGACCGUUCUGGAUGUAGCCUCCCAAUCAUGUUGUCUGCGUUGGAUUGUGCAUCACCACCGCAAGUGUUUGAAUAUUGAGAGCUGGGAGAUAAGGGCUGCUGACUGGAAUUGUAGUCAUGGGAGGCCAGAUAACGCGAAAUGCCUUGUACGCAGACUCUCUGGGCGGUCCGUUCCCCUCCACCACCCACCGAUGCCACCACAAGCCCAAGCGCUGCCUGCCCAUCCAGCAGUGUGGUGUUGGGGGCGGGGGCCAGAGGAGAGGCCUGGCCAUCAGUCCCCUGCUCUUCCACCCUAACACCAAGGGCUCCCAGAUCGCCAUGGACCUGGCCCAGAGGACCGUCAAGAGGCAGGCCAGCUUCUGUAACGCUAUCACCUUCAGCAACAGACCUAUAGAGCUGUAUGAGCAGGUCCGAAUCAAGAUCACUAAGAAGCAGUGUUGCUGGAGCGGAGCUCUCCGUCUGGGCUUCACGGCUAAAGACCCAUCCCGUAUCAACCCAGACAGCCUGCCCAAGUAUGCCUGUCCUGACCUGGUCUCCCAGAGUGGCUUCUGGGCGAAGGCUUUACCUGAGGAGUUCGCCAAUGAAGGGAACGUCAUCGCCUUCUGGGUGGACAAGAAGGGCCGGGUCUUCUAUAGAAUCAAUGAGUCCAACCCGAUGUUAUUCUUCAGUGGGGUGAGAACAGGAGAACCGCUGUGGGCACUGAUAGAUGUCUAUGGGUUGACCCGUGGAGUGCAACUGCUAGAGAGUGAGAUCGUCCCUCCCGACUGCCUCCGUCCACGCUCCUUCACCACUGUACGCUCCUCCUCUCUCCGCCGCGAGGCAGAUGAAUCCCGCCUCUCUGUCAGCCUCUGUGACCUCAACCUGCAGCAAGUAGACGGCUCUGGCCCCGCCCACCCACAUAACCACGCCCAUCUCCACAUGGCCCCUCCCUCCGCCUCCUGCCCCAUCCCCCAGAACUCCCUCAACACCCAGCAGUCUUCUGUCCUCCCGCACUCCCUCGAAAGCGACCUCCAUUUCCACGCACUCCGCGGUGCCCACAUCAAGAUGCUCGACGAGCAGACGGUAGCGAGAUCCGAGCACGCCAGAGAGGAGCGAACGCUCGUCUUCACCGACCGGCCACUGCGUACCGGCGAGACCGUGUUUAUCAAGGUGACCAAGUCGAGCCCGGCUAGGUCGGGAUCGCUGUCCUAUGGCGUGACAUCAUGCGACCCCGCCAUGCUGCGCCCUAGCGACCUGCCCUACAACCCGGAGGCGUUAGUCGACCGCAAGGAAUUCUGGGCCGUGUGCCGAGUGCCCACGCUGCUCCAGAGCAGUGAUAUACUGGGCUUCCUGGUCAACCAGGAAGGGGAGGUGAUCUUGAGCCACAAUGGCACAAACGCGGGGAUGCAAGUGUGUGUGGACAACUCCCGGCCCCUGUGGAUGUUCUUCGGUCUGCACGGAGCCGUCACUCAACUCAGGAUACUGGGUUCCACCCAUCUCGGGGACCAGCCGGCGAGGGCUCCCUCCAACCCCAGCUCUCGCUCCUCCUCCCCCCACACCCCCAGCGCCCUAGCCCUGGCCCUGGGUAGUGGAAGCUCCGACCCUGUCCUUAACGGAGGCUUGGGAGGCUCCUGCUCCGGAGCCUACUGUGGUGGCUCCGCGGGAGCUACCUCACCCCUAACAGGAACGACCCCCAGCUCGCCCGUCAGCCUCCCCAAGUCACCCACCUUCCCAUCAGGCAGCGGGAGAGGGCCCGGGUGGCCGACUGGCGAUGAGUGUUCCAUCUGCUACGAGAACCACGUGGACACGGUCAUCUACGCCUGCGGUCACAUGUGUCUCUGCUACACCUGCGGCGUCAAACUCAAGAAGAUGUCCAACGCCUGUUGCCCGAUCUGCAGGAGACAAAUCAAAGACAUCAUUAAGACCUACCGUAGCACGUAGGGGCCCUUGAAGCUAAGGGCCCCGAAACUGAGGGCCACAGGCAUAUUGAGGCCCCCAAUGGCCACAGGCAUAAGUUAAUGGAGAGAGGAGGAAGAAGGAGGGGAAAGACGUUGAGAGACUUUUAAGAUCAGGUAAAUGGACAAUGGACAGUUCACUAUGGUACCUUUGUGUGAUGGAUUUUGAGGAAGAAUUUUGGUUUUUGUUUCAAAUACCUAUUUUUUUUGUUGGCUGGUACAGUUAGUAGACCUGCACUGCAAAGGUCUCUUGCAUUUCUACUUCCCCUCUCCGACGCAGUGUGUGGUGGCUUUUGAAGCGGCGGGGGGGGGGGUGCAACCCCGGCGAUAACUUUCUCUCUCAACUAGACGUUUUUAUUCUUCUUACUCUCUCCAUGGAUUCAGGAAGUUUCAGACUUUGAGGAGCGAAGACAUGAAACUACUUUUUAUUUUGUUGUUUGAGCCACUUCCAGAGACGACUGCUGCGAGUUUGGAAGCAAACGAGGUGGUUUCAAUUCAACGUUUUUGGUCUUGAGAUUAUCUAUUUAUGUUGAAGAGGAGGAGGAAUGUUAGGUUCAGACAUUUGCUUCUUAACUUGACUCAACUUUGUCUGUAAAAAAAAAAAAAAAUGGCAAAAUGGCUGCCCUUGUCCACAGAUAGUUCUUUAUUAACAUAACGUCUCAGUAUGGCACAACUUCUGUCUGUGUGUUACUGAGGCAAACUGAAGAGGAAAAGAGAGGACCUAUUUGUUGAUCAAGCGUCGUGACCGGAAAGUCAUGCAUUUCUGUAGUAGUCAUAGGAUUCAUCAAUAGGAAGAUGACUACAGUUGUAUAAAGUUGUGAAGUAUAGGGAUGUAAGUAUAUGACGUGUGAAGGAGUACUGUAUCACCUCUUGCUCCUAUACAGUAAGUCAUAUAUUCUCUACCAAAUGUACUUGUGUGGUAGUUCUAUAGCACAUUCAUUGGUGGUAGCUGUCCUGUUGCACUAGCUAGCUAGCUAGCUAUCUGCUUGCUCUGCGGUGUUGUAUGUUGCACUGAAGUCAGUACUGCCUCAUCAAGAAAGAAGAGGAUACAGAUUAUUUUACACAAUACAUUUAAACAACCAACAAAACAAUGUCACUGGCAGCCUCAGCUUCCAAACCAAUCCCAGAAUUUGUACCCACAUCAUGUGACAGGAAGCAGGAAGUGAAAGUACAGUUAUUGGGUGUUCCUCAGGUCCAGCUGUUUUUUGUAACGCCCCAAAAUGGUGACAGUUUCCCAAACACCAGCCCAAUACACUGUGAGUUCAGUGAAACUGAGACAGUUUCUCAUAAAAAUGGCUCCUUUCACCGCGCACACACAUACAUAAAGUAGCCAUGGGAUUGUUGCCAUGGUAAUAGCGUUCACCGUCGAUCUGACACAGCCCCAUGCCUUAAUUUAUGAACAGUUAAUUUGUUACAUGCGGAUGUGUGAUAAAUAAUGCUUUGUUUCUAUCCAUAUUUUUCACCAAGACCCCUUACUGAAUACCAAAUACGAUGUUGUGUGUCGGAAGAAAGGCUUCAGAAACAGGACGUCAGAAGCUCAGAGGAUAAAAAGCACAUAAAACAAAAUUGAAUUGACCCCAACUUAUUUUUAUAACUCAAAAUACUUACUGGUCAAAGGUCAUUUACAUCACAGACAGUAAUGUGUACACAACCCUAACCCUAUCACAGUACUACUCUAUCAUCUGCAUAGUGCUCCCACCAGCAACAAAUACCCUUUACAGCAGGGUUCUUCAAUUCCGGUCCUGGAGGGCCGAAACACCUCUGUUUUUCAUCCUCUCCUUCU